CCCAGCGUGCCUUGCGGCGCCAGUUCCUUUGCGCCGGCCGUUCUCCCCCGGAGAGGCCCGUAGGCCGCAGCCAUGGCGCCCAGCCGGAACGGCAUGAUCCUGAAGCCCCACUUCCACAAGGACUGGCAGCGCCGCGUGGCCACGUGGUUCAACCAGCCGGCGCGCAAGAUCCGCAGGCGCAAGGCCCGGCAGGCCAAGGCGCGCCGCAUCGCCCCGCGCCCCGCGUCCGGCCCGAUCCGGCCCAUCGUGCGCUGCCCCACCGUGCGCUACCACACCAAGGUGCGCGCCGGCCGCGGCUUCAGCCUGGAGGAGCUGCGGGUGGCCGGCAUCCACAAGAAGGUGGCGCGGACCAUCGGCAUCUCCGUGGACCCCCGCCGGCGGAACAAGUCCACCGAGUCCCUGCAGGCCAACGUGCAGCGGCUCAAGGAGUACCGCUCCAAGCUGAUCCUCUUCCCCCGGAAGCCCGCGGCGCCCAAGAAGGGGGACAGCUCUGCCGAAGAGCUGAAGUUGGCCACGCAGCUGACAGGACCCGUCAUGCGCAUCCGCAAUGUGUACAAGAAGGAGAAGGCCAGGCCCAUCACAGACGAGGAGAAGAGCUUCAAGGCCUUCGCCAGCCUUCGCAUGGCCCGCGCCAACGCGCGGCUCUUCGGCAUCCGGGCGAAGAGGGCCAAGGAGGCUGCGGAGCAGGAUGUAGAAAAGAAAAAAUAAAUUAUAAAGUGUUGUCGGUUAACUGGAGCCGAGUGUGUCUGG